ACAGACGGAGCGAUGGCGAGUGAGGGGUACCCUCCUUUCAAACUCAACCGCCCGAGAUAUGACCAAGGCACCUACCUGGGUCGACUGCGGCACUUCAUGGAUGUGAUAGAUCCCCGGACGCUGUUCACCACAGAGGCUAAGCUCCAGGCUUCAGUGACUCUGUUGGAGGAUUACAGUAAUGGCAACCUCAAAUCAUCCACUACAGACAAGCAGCUCUGGGAAGCACAGAAAAUUAAACAGGUAAUCCAGACACCGGGUGAGAAAAUCUUCAUGCCAUUUCGUAUGUCAGGGAAUGUCCCUUUUGGAGCUCCUAUUGUAACCGGCCUUCUGCUGCCCAACCCCUCAAUGUUCCACACAAUCUUCUGGCAGUGGUUGAACCAGAGUCACAAUGCGGGUAUCAACUUCUGUAACAGAAAUGCUACGAAGGAAACCCCUACAUCCAGGUUCCUGAUUGGCUAUUGUGGCGCUGUCACGAGUGCCUUGUCCAUUGCUGUGGGUCUCAAUCUACUGAUAAAGAAUGCUCACAAGUUCAGACCAGCCACCAAACUUCUGAUUAAGAAAUUCAUUCCAUUCCCAGCUGUAGCCACAGCAAGCACCUGCAAUGUUCUCCUCAUGAGGAACUUUGAGUUGUCAGAAGGUAUUGAGGUGUUUGACCAGAAUGAGAAGAUGGUCGGAACAUCCAAGAUUGCCGCCAGAAAAGCUCUGAAGGAGACGGCCUUGACCCGGAUAUGCCUGCCAGCUCCAGUUUUCAUCAUUCCUCCAAUCAUCAUGUCUGUCUUGGAAAAAACCAAGUUUCUCCAGACUUAUCCACGAAUCCACCUGCCAGUGAAUGCUGUUGUGUGUACCACUGUGUUUGGACUUGCUCUUCCUAUGGCCAUAGCACUGUUUCCACAACUCUCACAGGUAGAGGUAGUGGAUCUUGAACCAGAGUUCCGGGAUCUCACCCAGGAUAGUGUGCUGUAUUACAACAAGGGUCUGUGAUUAUCAGGUGGACAACUGACUCCAGCAUCAGAGUUCUGGGAUCUCACCCAGGAGAGUGUGCUGUAUUACAACAAGGGUCUGUGAUUAUCAGGUGGACAACUGACUCCAGCAUCAGAGUUCCGGGAUCUCACCCAGGAGAGUGUGCUGUAUUACAACAAGGGUCUGUGAUUAUCAGGUGGACAACUGACUCCAGCAUCAGAGUUCCGGGAUCUCACUCAGGAGAGUGUGCUGUAUUACAACAAGGGUCUGUGAUUAUCAGGUGGACAACUGACUCCAGCAUCAGAGAUCCGGGAUCUCACCCAGGAGAGCGUGCUGUAUUACAACAAGGGUCUGUGAUUAUCAGGUGGACAACUGACUCCAGCAUCAGAGUUCCGGGAUCUCACUCAGGAAAGUGUGAUGUAUUACAACAAGGGUCUGUGAUUAUCAGGUGGACAACUGACUCCAGCAUCAGAGUUCCGGGAUCUCACCCAGGAGAGUGUGCUGUAUUACAACAAGGGUCUGUGAUUAUCAGGUGGACAACUGACUCCAGCAUCAG